AUGGUCAGCGCCAAGCGACUUGCUCAAUUUGCAAAGAAGUGGCAGAGGAUGGCAGCAUUUAAGAGGAAGAGGCUGACAACAGCCAAAGAAGAUGAGAUGUGCUGCAUCUCUGUAGCAGUCAAGGGCCACUGUGUCAUGUACACAGCCAAUGGGAUGCGCUUUGAGGUAGCAUUGGUGUACCUCAGCACGACGAUCUUCAGCGAGCUCCUGAGGAUGUCCCAGGAGGCGUUGGGCUUCGCAAGCGAUGGCAAGAUCACACUGCCUUGUGAUGGAGUAUGUCAUGUGCUUGCACAGGAGAAAUGCCACUUCGAAGUCGAGAACGCGCUGCUGAGCUCCAUGGUGACUUCUUGUCACUACACUGGUUGCACAAUUCUAACUGUUGGAGCAAAUUGGCUGUUUGUAGCUCCUGAAGAACAUGCAUGCAGAGCAUGUUCUUGUCCUCUGUUUUCUGUAGUUUACCUGGAUAGUGUAGAUAGGUAG